AUGAAUGAAGUUAAUGAAACUAUAUUGACACUUCUCAUUGCUACAACUAUUGUGACUGAUAAGAUACGGAAAGUUGAUAUCUGCUUGUCGAUUCUGUCGAUAUUAUUGUGUUUGGUUCAUUUUUCGAUUUUGGUUAGGAAAGAGUUGAGAUCCAAUGCCAUCUUCAUCCUCAUUCUCGGCAUCUGCUCUUCUGACAUCAUCCGAAACAUAACCUCGAUUCUCUUCGAUUUCAAACAAAUCAUUGACUAUCAACGUAUCAAUUACUGCUUCGGUUAUGAUAGCUUCGCUAUGACAUCACUCGAACUUUUCCGUGCUUUUUUUCACCGAGUGGCCACCAGUAUCGCCUCGUGGCUCACAAUCACCCUGGCUUUCUUUCGAACCCUUCUCAUCUUAUACCCCAUGAGUAGCAUUGCUCAUCAACUUGCUGAAACUACAUCCACCGCAAAGACAAUCAUCUAUUAUACUAUUUUCUUCACUAUCUUUGCCAACUUCUGGGGAGAAAUCGGCCGGUACGCUCCUCAUCUGAAAACCGAUAGUGAUUUGUGUCUACUCCCUGUCCGAUUGGAGAGAUGGGAUAAUUUGACGAUGGAGGAAGUACAGUAUACUAAAAAGGAAAGAACUUCCAAUUAUUUGUACCGUACUACUGCAAGGGGGCUAAGGUCAAUCAAAUCUACUACCAAACUGAUACUGACUAUGUCGAUUCUUUAUUUUAUUUCUGAUUUUUUUGCUUCUCUAGAAGACUAUUUGGAUGAAUUUGUUCCUUAUAAUGAGCAAAACAGAAUUAUCACAUUCAAAUUAAUGUUCUCCGAUUUCUUUCACGUCUUAUCAGCAAUCAACUCGAUUCCUCAAUUCUUCUUGUGUUAUUUUCUGUCCUCUCAAUAUCAGGAAGUGGUGAGAAGAGUGUUAAGGAUAAAGAAGAAGGAGAUAAGUAUUAGUAAUGAGGUCUCGAGUCAUCGAAACGUCGAAGCUUCAACUGGAUCCACUCCCACAAAUCAUUAUUCUUAUUGA